GGGGCACCGGCCGAGGCCUACACCUACAGGCCGCGGCCUACAGGCUUCCGUUGGCUUUUUGUCCUUGUCUGACUUUGCUGUGAUAAACAGGCCGCUGCCACAGGUGCCCCCAGUGACCCACCCGCGAUGCUCUGUCAGACGUGGCAAAAGCCCAGACGGCCAGGCCUGGGGGCCUCUGUCUUGCCCGGUGCAGGUCUGGCCCUGUUUCCCUUCUCCCGUGUAGCCAUGUCUGCCUUCGGGGAGCCCUCAAUUCCUGUUGACUCAAAGAGCUCCCUCCGUCUUCCACCGCAAGCCUGUCAGCUCAGACGUCCUCAUAAUCUCUGAACCCGUUUUGGUCAGGACAGGAAGCGCAAGGCUCCCUUCCUGCCCGUGUUUUCCUGAGAGAAAACUAUCUUCCCUCCUUUUUUGCAUAUUUGGCAAAUGGUCCCACCUUUCUCUCCGCCCCAGUGGAGUGUGCAGGCGGUGGUGGAGGAGACGGGCCUCCACCCCGGGGGACAGCAGGGUCCCUCUCAGGCGGCUGAGUCGAGGGGACUCCACGCGGCCCAGGGUCCGAAGACCCCACCCCAGUCCUCAAAAGGCAGUGCUCAUAGGUCUCUGGGAGGCACGCGCUCACCGUGUCGCCGGCCCCCAGAACACCCGCCGUCCUGAGUGUGCAGACGGCUGCUGGGAUGGGGCUGCCUCCUGGAGGGGACACACAGGACACACAGAUAACCUGAGGACAAUGGACGCCGAUGAGAGUCGAGACAUGUCCCGAGUUUCAGGAAACACUGCCCCAAGCAUUCUUCUCUUUUCAACUUUACACGCACCCGGUGGCGAAGAUACAGGGAAGGAAAGCCCCCCGGUGAGUGACACUCCGGAUGAUGGGGACGAACCGAUGCCCAUCCCCGAAGACCUUUCCACCACGUCUGGAGGACAGCAGAGCUCCAAGUCCGAGAGAGGAGCGGUUACAUAUGGGGCCGAUGGCUUUAGGGAUUUUCAUGCACUCAUUCCCAAAUCUUUCUCUCCCGGUAAUGUUAAAGUAGAGGCUCAGAGUGAUGAAGAGAAUGGGCGGGCCUGUGAAGUGAAUGGGGAAGAAUGUGCGGAGGAUUUACGAGUGCUUGAUGCCGCGGGAGAGAAAAUGAAUGGCCCCCACAGUGGCCAAGGCAGCAGAGCUCUGUCAGGAGCUGGAGGCAUUCGACUUCCUAACGGCAAACUAAAGUGUGAUGUCUGUGGGAUAAUUUGCAUCGGCCCCAAUGUGCUCAUGGUCCACAAAAGAAGCCACACUGGCGAGCGGCCUUUCCAGUGCAACCAGUGCGGGGCCUCGUUCACGCAGAAGGGCAACCUGCUUCGGCACAUCAAGCUGCACUCUGGGGAGAAGCCCUUUAAGUGUCAUCUCUGCAAUUACGCAUGCCGCCGGCGGGACGCCCUCACUGGCCACCUGAGGACGCACUCCGUUGGUAAACCUCACAAAUGUGGAUAUUGUGGCCGAAGCUAUAAACAGCGAAGCUCUUUAGAGGAACAUAAAGAGCGUUGCCACAACUACUUGCAAAGCAUGGGCCUUCCAGGCACGCUGUACCCAGUCAUUAAAGAAGAAGCUAAUCACAGUGAGAUGGCAGAAGAUCUGUGCAAGAUAGGAUCAGAGAGAUCCCUCGUGCUGGACAGACUAGCAAGUAACGUCGCCAAACGUAAGAGCUCUAUGCCUCAGAAAUUUGUUGGUGACAAGUGUCUGUCGGACAUGCCCUAUGACGGUGGCGCCAGCUACGAGAAGGAAAACGAGAUGAUGCAGACCCACGUGAUGGACCAAGCCAUCAACAACGCCAUCAGCUACCUGGGGGCCGAGUCCCUGCGCCCGCUGGUGCAGACGCCCCCGGGCAGCUCGGAGGUCGUCCCGGGCAUCAGCCCCAUGUACCAGCUCCACAAGCCCCACGCGGAGGGCCCCCCGCGGUCCAACCACGCGGCCCAGGACAGCGCCGUGGAGAACCUGCUGCUGCUCUCCAAGGCCAAGUCCGUGUCCUCCGAGAGGGAGGCGUCCCCGAACAACAGCUGCCAAGACUCGACGGACACCGAGAGCAACGCCGAGGAGCAGCGGGGCGGCCUCAUCUACCUGACCAACCACAUCACGCCCCACGCGCGCAACGGCCUGUCCAUCAAGGAGGAGCACGCGGCCUACGACGUGCUGCGGGCGGCCUCCGACGGCUCCCAGGACGCCUGCCGCGUGAUCGGCGCGGGCGGGGAGCCCAUGAAGGUGUACAAGUGUGAACACUGCAGGGUGCUCUUCCUGGACCACGUCAUGUACACCAUCCACAUGGGCUGUCACGGCUUCCGCGAUCCUUUUGAGUGCAACAUGUGCGGCUACCACAGCCAGGACCGCUACGAGUUCUCGUCCCACAUCACCCGGGGCGAGCACCGCUUCCACAUGAGCUAAACCCCACGCGCGGCCGUCGGCCCUCAGAGGAAGCACGCGUGGGUGGGGGUGGGGGUGGGGGUAGUGGGGGUGGCCAGGCCCUCCCCUCCCGCCAGCAGCACGGACUGGACCAGAACCUUGUGCUUUUGAUUUCUCGGUGGUUCUCUUGUUUUGUUUUGUAGUUUUCAGUCGGUUGGGGUUUGAUUUGCUUUGGAACACGAGACGAUUUUUUUUUUUAUGGUUAGAUGCAGGGUUACGUUUGGAGCACCCCCCCCCAAACUGCUCUCUUCCUAGAUGUUUGCCAUUGACUGUGAGCUGAAGUCCCCUCUAGCUGUGGCUUCCUGGAAGCCCCUGCCCGCCCCCCUCCGCAAGACUCAUCACUUUCAGAGAAAGUUUGAUACAAACAGGUCAGAGCCCAGGAAGGAAUGAGCCGGGGAACAGACCUCCAGGUGCCCCCCUCCCAACGCAGCAGGGUCUAGAAACCCAAGUCAUAGCUUCUGGCCGUGUGCGUCUAGGGCUGGAGGCCUGCAGUUUCUAAGAGAUGUUGUAAGUCACAGCCCGCACAAAAGGCAAAUUGUUGGAGGAAAGUUGGACUCCUCGGACAAAGGGAGAGGCCAGAGAGCCUGUUGGUCUGGUUCUCAGUUUCAAAACCGCGUUAGCCUUCCAAGGCUGGCGGGCGAGCAGAGGAGUCUGAACACCUGGAGGCAGGUGUGGAGACCGCUGCCCUCUGCCUACUCCAGUCCGUGCCUUUCAUGGCCCAGAGUCUAUCACUGUGUUUCUAACAUCCAUCCCAAAACUUGGACCUCACUUCCUCUGAACCUCUCAAAGGGUCAAAUUACCGCGAAACCAAGGCUUGAUUCCAAAUUCUACACCCGUUGCUUCCCUGGCUGGUUCCCCUGACAGGCAGAAGCCUGCCUUUCCUUCAGAGGCCCAACCUAGACCCCACUUCAACUAUGUCGUUGUUUUGUUUGUCGGUAAGUUUCUUUCCCUGCCCUCAUUCUGCAUCAUUCAGGUUUUAAAAUCCACGAAAGCAGGAUUCAGGAUGGUCAUUAAUUUUCAGAGCAAGGGAACGUGACAGGCGAGGCCCAGGAGACGUUGUCCAUACACAGGACCCACGCCUUGGAAACCAAACUUUGAAACAGAAUGAGA